AUGGAUUCGUUCAGAAUGGGCGGAGCACCCCCUUCCACGAAUAAUAGCGGUCCGAAGCCACGCCACGCGCGUUCUCACUCUCGUAAUGGCUCGGUUUCUGUCCCCCUCUCUUUCCCUACGCCAUCUGUGACGACAACCGAUGAGCCUCCUUCCCCUACUCGCACCUCGGUUUCCUCCAAGCGCAGCUCUCAUCAUCACCGCCGCUCUUCCGUGUCCACUCGUCGGGAGUCUGCCGACAUGAUGGGCGUUUCGCUGCCCACCAUUCCGCAAUCUGUCUCUGAAGAUAACAUCAAUCUCGGCGACAAAGACUCUGUCCGUCGGCGGGCAUUGUGGGCGUUGGAAGGCAAGACCGAUGUGGGAUCGUUCUCGAAGGUCGAGAUACCAGAAUUUGAUGCAGAUGAGACCAACAAGCGUCCGUUCGAGUUCCCCAGCAAGCCGUCGUUCCCACCUGCGCCAAGCAGCAAACGCGAGUCGUUUGGCAAAUUCAUGGCUUCUGUCUCCUCAAGUGAACAACUGGGCACGCUUGUAGAGGAGGAAGAGGAAGAAGAGGAGCAGGUCCCUGUGUCGGAGUCUCCCGUGGAAGUCACCGUCACCUCGCCGUCACCUGCACCCGCGAGGCGUCGGCCAGCAAGCCUCAACUUGCGCCCUCUGUCUCUUGCAGCUGGUAGCGUCGUGACUGGCGACCUCCCUACCCCGACGCUCACGCCGAGCCCCAGCGCACGCUCCGGCCUGCGUUCGUUGACCCUGGCUUCUAAGCGCCAGUCGCUGAACCUUCCGUCGUCGUCUUCGCCACUGUCAGGCGCCCCUACCCGCCGGCCGUCUCUCAACCUGGACCUGAACACGGAGCGCCAGCAGUCCUUUCGUGGCUCGCAGCUAUCGCGACGCUCUAGUAUCUCCUACGUUUGCUCAACGGACACACCUUCGCAAACCAUGAUUGGGCUGCCGACGCCCGAGAUGACGCCGACGAGCACAUCUUCGCGUACGCACGAGGACAUGGAGUCCUUUCUUGCGAGCCGGUCGACCCGGCCCCUCUCGACCAGCGAACAGCACUUUCUUUUUCAGGCCCAUGCCACGCUUGUGCAGCGCAUUUCGGACCUGGAGCGCGUCCUGUCCUCUCGCAACAGCAGGUCUUACUCGCGCCCCGUUUCCUAUGCCUCCGAUUCGUCCGCGGUGUCCGCCGUGAGCAGCGAGCCCAGUGACGAGAUGCUGUCCUUGAUUGCAGACCUGAAAGCGGAGCGCGAUGAGCUCAAGAAGGACGUCGAUGGCUGGCGCAUGCGCGUUAGCGACCUCGACAAGCAGAUCAGCCUGUACGCGAAGCGCAUCGAUGCUGAGCGCCGGGACGCGUGGGUCGCCCGCCAGCGUCUUGGCCUGUUAGAAAUGGAGAAGGCUGGGCUUGAAGAAUCCCUUCAGGCCAAGACUGCUGAUGCCAAGCAGGUAGUCGAAGAGCUUGAGCAAGUCAAGACGGAGAAGACCACUGCGGAGCAGGAGGUCGAGCGGCUGAAGGCGGAGCUAGAGCGCAUGUCCACCACGCAGAACGAGUGCGUACGUCUGCAGGGGGAGCUCGACGCGGAGAGGAAGAAGCGGGAGGAAGUUGAGAGGGAGCUGGAGCAUGCAGGCCUUAUGAACACCCCGCGGCCUUAUGAGGUCCCAGUGGCGAUGUCGCGGACCAUGAUGUUCGCCAGGAGCCGCGGCCUCGGUUUCCAGUCGAUCGAUUCGGAAAGCUCGCUCACCGAUGUUGAGUCGGUGGACACCCCGAGGGACAAGUUCGAUUUUGGGCUGAUGUCUGUGGCGGAGGAAGACGAGGAGACACUGUCUAGCAUGUCCGAGGAGGAUGAGCUCGCCCGGUUCGAGGACGAAGAGGAGGGCGACGCAGAGGCGUUUCCCCAAUCUCUGACCACGUCGUCGUUUGGUUCUCUGGCAGACGACAGUGAGCCGGCGCCUCAGCUAGACGACUCGCAGGUGCCUCAAUUGACGCGUUCUCCGUCAGCGACACCGUCGCCCCUGCCGAGUCCCACUCAGCAAACACACUCUCGCCACGCGUCCCUCUCCAAGGCCUGGACUUUCCCGUCGUCGGAGCCUGCUGUCGCGGUGUCUCGUGUCGACGAAAUUGACCACUUCUUCGGAUGCUUAGAGGAUGUUGACAACUCGCCUCCCAUGGACUCCCGCCUGCGUUCGCUGGAGAGCGGCAAGACGCUUUUCGCUCAGGCUCUGGCAGAGGCUGACGACGAAUUCCCGCCUUUCUUCAUCCCUGCUGACGUAGGUGUUGAGGUUGCGCCGGAGUCGCCCAAGCGCGAACUCGAUGUCGUCAUGGAGGAAGAUGAAGAGGAGGAUGAGGAAGAGGCUAAUGUUGAGGAUGAAUUUGUCGGUGAAGUCGACGAGGGUGGGAUCAAGUUCACGUUCACGAUCCCGCCUGAGUUCCGGGUUGUUCAAGAGCCGGAGCUCGCCCCUGCGCCGUCGACCCCUGCACAGAAAUCCUCGCCGGCCGCUCAGACACCUGCCGCUGAGGACGCCGACAGCUCCUUCACGUUCCCGCAAAUGCGGACGGCGAGUGCGUACCCCUCGCCAUCGUCAAUACCGCGUCUCGCGUCGGUCAAGAUGACUGGUACCCCGAAGUCGCCUGUGCUCUCUACGCGCAAUACCAACAUCCCGAGUCCAUUCCAGACUCCUCCGACGAAGCGUGGUGGAGCGUCGCCGACGUUCAUUCCUCAGCCGCGCGUUCAGGCGAGCUCCGCGCACAAGAGCCCGCCCCCUUCCGCCGGGAAGACUGCUUCUUUCAUCCCGCAGCCACGACGUGCCUCUCCGACAUCUGUCAAGCUCUCUGGCAUUCCCGUGAUGAGCCCUCUCAGUACGCCCCUCCCCAGCCUGAUGUCAGUCAUGCAUUCUGACGGGGUUCGCGUCUCGUAG